AAAAUGAAUUAAAGAAUAUCAAUAGUGGAAAUAUCAAAUUCCGGAAGAAGUAAAAUCCCCCGAGAACUUCAACCCCUCUUCCCCAAAGAACCAAAACCCGCCGCCGCUUUUGCGUCUCCCCACAACCCGCAACUCGUUCGCCACCGCCUCUCGCCGCUAAAAAUGAAUGUGCCAUCUCCAGUCCACGACGACGACAAGGAUAAUGGGGAGCAGACUUUCAUAGAUGAAAGUGAUAUAAUUAACGAGUAUGAUGUUGAUGAAGAAGAACUCCCUGAUGCGGAUGAGGUGGGUGGCUCUGAUGGAGAAGAAGAAUUUGAUGUAGUUGAUGAUUCUGUACAUAUAUUCACUGGUCACACAGGUGAACUGUACACCGCAACAUGUAGUCCAACAGAUGCUACUCUAGUGGCAACUGGAGGCGGAGAUGAUAAAGGAUUUUUGUGGAGGAUUAAUCAAGGAGACUGGGCUUUUGAGUUGCAAGGCCACCAAGAUUCUGUAUCUAGUUUAUCCUUCAGCAUGGAUGGACAAUUGAUUGCAUCCGGAAGCUUGGAUGGAGUAGUUAAAGUGUGGGACAUAGCAAACGGAGAUUUGAAAUGUACUCUUGAGGGUCCUAACGGAGGCAUUGAGUGGGUCAGGUGGCAUCCAAAAGGACAUUUGGUCUUGGCUGGUGCAGAGGAUUCCUCAAUCUGGAUGUGGAAUGCUGACAGGGAGGGCGCUUUUCUUAAUGUUUUCACAGGUCAUGGGGGUAGUGUGACCUGCGGAGAUUUUACACCUGAUGGUAAAACAAUUUGUAGUGGUUCUGAUGAUGCAACUAUGAAAAUUUGGAACCCUAAAAAUGCUGAAAUUAUCCAUGUUGUUAGAGGUCAUCCUUAUCACACUGAAGGAAUUACAUGCUUGACAAUCAGCUCUGAUUCUACUCUUGUGCUUACUGGGUCAAGUGAUGGCUCGGUCCACGUUGUUAAUAUAUCUACUGGCAAGGUUGUCGUCUCCUUGAGUGCCCAUUCAGAUUCAGUAGAGUGUGCUGCUUUUGAAGCAAGCUCUCGACGGGAUAGUUGGAGGGUUGCAACUGGAGGCAUGGAUAAGAAGCUUAUAAUCUGGGAUCAGCAUUCAUCUCCACGUUGCAUAUGUGAACACGAGGUUCACAAAAAUAGUUCCCAUGAAUUCUUCUUUUUUCUGAACAUCGAGGCCUAGAAUGAACAGCCCCAAAUGGUGCUUAUGUUUUGCAGGAAGCAGUGACGUGUUUGCUAUGGCUUGCCGGUUCUAGAUAUAUAGCCACCGGCUGUCUUGAUGGGAAAGUACGAAUAUGGGACAGCCUAUCUGGAGAUUGUGCCAAAGUACUCAGUGGACAUUCGGAUGCCAUUCAGUCUAUUGCUGCGUCGUCUACUGGAGAGUUCCUUGUAUCUGUUUCGAUCGAUGAAACCGCUCGGGUGUUUGAGAUUGCAGAGUUCAGAUAGAUACACGAGCAGCAAGCGGCAUGUUCAUUCAUGGAAGCCUUAUCAAUUUUGAGCUUCAUUUAUCGUCUGGUUUGCUUUUCAGGCAGCUUCGAACUUUUAUGCGACUCGUAUACAGGUUUCUGUUUGAGUAAGUGCUGUAUUUAUAUAUGUAUCAUUGACUAGUGAAAAACCAGUUUUAACCCUUACUAUAAACAGGUUCCUUAUUACUCA